AUGAGACUCAAACGCGCUCCAUUGACACCACCCCGCAAAUUUCAAAUUUUUUGCAGUUGCGCGGCGUCAUCGAACAAGGGAGAGGAGACCUGUAACACUAUUAACCACCAACAUCAUCUUCAUCAUAAAAUAAUCAAAAUUGCCACGUCACCGCAAUCCACGACGACGACUACAAAACACAGGAGCCAAUCAACUGGCACUUCAAUCGACAUCACGACGGGCUCACCAAUCAACAUUCUUGGCCAGAACGGCACCGGAGGAGGCGGCGAAGAGGGUGGAAAAGUAGAGGGAGGAGGAGAGACGAAAAAGUGCAUGAUUUCGGCAUGGAAGGCGAGAGAAAGCGAACGGAAUAAGGUUCGGCUCAGGGAUACCGAUGGAUUUCGGUGUCGUGCGGCGGCGCUGUGUAUCAAGGGAACUGGCAACGAGACACUGGUCCUUCUGGUCUCCGGCGGCAAAGAUGGCGGAAAAUGGGUUAUCCCUGGUGGCGGCAUCGAAAAGGACGAGUGUGCAGAACAGGCGGCGCAUCGGGAGCUGAUGGAAGAGGCUGGCGUUCGAGCGACGAUUGUGAAGAGUAUUGGAAUGUUUCAGGACGACACUCGCAAACACCGUACUCAAGUGUUCCUGAUGGAAGUCUCUGAGGAGCUCGACACGUGGGAGGAGAACGAGUACGGUCGUCAAAGGAUAUGGAUGAAUGUGCUGGAGUCAAAAGAGAAAGUCAAACAGUCACAUCGUCAGAUUCUCGACGCCCUGAUGCCCCGGUAG